GUCCAGAGCAGCAGGCGGCAUUGGGUGGGGGAGCAGGACCGGCUGGGGGGCCCCAGGGUGGCUUCCUGGAACCCCGCUCCAGGCCGCCUGCACCCUGACAUUGGCCAGAUAAGAGCUUGGCUGCAUGCUAUCAAAGCCAACCCAGCACUGUCCCCACGCCUCAGAGGAAGACUGGAGGCGCAGAGGGAGCCUCAGAGGCCAUCUUCCCCAGGGCAUGGCUGGCCCUGGUGGCCAGUCUCAAUGGGCUUUUUUGAACCCUAGCUGGAGUCCAGUGGCUGACGCUGCCAAGCAGCAAUAGAGGAAAUAAGGUAGCUAUAAGGAAGAUGCCAGACGGGACCUGCACGUCCAGACCUGCUCAAUGGUGACAGCCAUGUCGGUGAGGGUGCGGUUCCUGUCUCCUGGGGACGCAGGGGCCGUGGGGGUCGUGGGCCGCAGCGCCUCCUUCGCAGGCUUCAGCAGUGCACAGAGCAGGAGGAUUGCAAAGUCCAUCAACAGGAACUCUGUGAGGUCACGAAUGCCUGUAAAAUCCUCCAAGACGUACAGCACCCUGCGGAAGGGGUCAGUCUGCUCGGACCCCAAGCCCCAGCAGGUGAAGAAGAUUUUUGAAGCAUUGAAGAGAGGCCUCAAAGAAUACCUGUGUGUCCAGCAGGCUGAGCUUGAUUACCUGUCAGGACGCCACAAGGACAUGCGACGGAACUCCAGGCUGGCUUUCUAUUAUGACCUGGACAAGCAAAUGCGCUCUGUGGAAAGGCACAUCCGGAAGAUGGAGUUUCACAUCAGCAAGGUGGAUGAGCUCUACGAAGGCUACUGCAUCCAGUGCCGCCUGCGCGAUGGCGCAGCCAACAUGCAGCAGGCCUUCUCCAGGGGCCCAGCCAGCCGCGCCUCCAGGGAGAGCCUGCAGGAGCUGUGCCACAGCCUGCAUGAGUGCACUGAGGACAUGUGGCUGAUUGAGGGAGCCCUGGAGGUUCACCUGGGCGAGUUCCAUGUCAGGAUGAAAGGCUUGGUGGGCUACGCACGCCUGUGUCCUGGAGACCAGUAUGAGGUGCUCUUGCGUCUGGGCCGCCAGCGCUGGAAGCUUAAGGGCCGGAUCGAGUCAGACGACAGCCAGACCUGGGAUGAGGAGGAGAAGGCCUUCAUCCCCACCCUACAUGAGAACUUUGACAUCAAGGUGACGGAGCUGCGGGGCCUGAGCUCGCUGGCCGUGGGCGCAGUCACGUGCGACAUCGCCGACUUCUUCACCACAAGGCCGCAGGUCAUCGUGGUGGACAUCACAGAGCUGGGCACCAUCAAGCUGCAGCUGGAGGUGCUGUGGAACCCCUUUGAUGCCGAGAGCUUCCUGGUGUCACCCAGUCCCAUGGGCAAGUUUUCUGUGGGCAGCAGGAAGGGCUCCUUAUACAACUGGACACCCCCAAGCACCCCCAGCUUCCGAGAGCGAUACUACCUGUCUGUCCUGCAGCAGCCAGCACAGCAGGCCUUGCUGCUAGGCAGGCCGAGGGCCACCUCCAUCCUCAGCUACCUGUCUGACAGCGACCUCCACAGUCCUGGCCUGAGGAGCCAGAGUCAGGAGCUGCCCGAGAUGGACUCCUUCAGCUCUGAGGACCCCCGAGACACGGAGACCAGCACGUCGGCAUCCACCUCAGAUGUGGGGUUCCUACCCUUGGCCAUCGGCCCGAACACCUCCAUUGAAGAGGAGGCCCAGGAGGACCCCCCGCCCCUGGGCCUCCUGCCAGAGAUGGCCCACCUGGCAGGAGGCACGUUUGUAGAGCAACCUGGCUGGAGGAACUUGGGAGUGGAGAGCCCCAACCUGCCACAGGGCUCCCCGUUCCACAACCACACAGGUCCGAGGAGCCAGAAAGGCCAAGAUGAAGGAGAACCCAGGGACAGAGAAGACAGGCCUGGCCUGGCCCUCGAGAGGCCUCUGCAGGAGGUCCUGGAGUUACUGAGAUCUGCAGACCCUGCCCAGCCCCAGCUCCGGGAGCUGGAGUACCAGAUCCUCAGCCUCAGGGACCAGCUGCAGCCCAGUGGAGCCCGGCGGGAACACGCUUCGGCCGAGAGCCUGAUGGAGUGCAUCCUGGAGAGCUUCGCCUUCCUCAACGCCAACUUUGCCCCAGACGAGCUGUCCCUGUAUGGGGGCUCCCAGGGUCCCCGAAAGGACAGGACCCCGCCCCCACCACCAUCUUUGAGAGCAUCAUCCAGGGAGCUCACAACCGGCGCCCCAGAGCUGGAUGUGCUGCUCACGGCCCACCUCCAAGUCUGCAAAGCUCUGCUCCAGAAACUGGCCUCUCCUAAUUUGUCAAGGAUGGUGCAGGAAUGCCUCCUGGAAGAAGUGACACAGCAAAAGCAGGUUCUGGAGACGCUUUCUGUCCUUGAUUUUGAGAAGGUCCGCAAGGCAGCAUCCAUUGAAAACAUCAUUCCACAGGCCUCGCGGAGGAAAGGGUGCCUGAAGCUGUGGAGGGGGUGCACGGGGCCUGGUGGGGUCCUGUCCUGCCCUGCUACAACGCUACUGAACCAGCUCAAGAAAACAUUCCUGCACAGAGUUCGAGGGAAAUACCCAGGACAGCUGGAAAUAGUGUGCCGCAGGUUGCUGGAGCAGGUGGUCAGCUGUGGGGGGCUGCUCCCUGGGGCCAGGCUCCCGGAAGAACAGACCAUCACCUGGUUCCAGUUUCACAGCUAUCUGCAGAGGCAGAAUGUCUCUGACCUGGAGAAGCACUUCGCCCAGCUCACCAAGGAGGUGGCACUCAUUGAGGACCUAAGCUGUGCGGGGAAGGCCAAGGCAGUGCGGAAGCUGCAGGGAAAGAGGCUUGGCAAGCUUCAGCCCCUGCCCCAGACCCUAAGAGCCUGGGCACUGCUCCAGCUGGACGGGCCUCCACGGGUACGCAGGGCAGCCAGUGCUCGCCUUGCCAGUGCAGCUGGGAAUAGAAGCUUCCGGGAAAAGGCCCUGCUCUUCUACACGGAUGCCCUGACAGAGGGUGACCCCAAGCUCCAGCAGGCGGCAUGCUUGGCGCUCAAGCAGCUGAAGGGCAUUGAAAGCAUCGAUCAGAUCGCCAGCCUGUGCCAGUCCGACCUGGAGGCUGUGCGAGCGGCUGCGCGGGAGGCCACACUGUCCUUUGGUGAAAAAGGACACUUAGCUUUCGAGAGGAUGGACAAACGUUGUUCAGAACAAAGAGAAAUCUUUUGCCAGGAGGCAGAUGUUGAAAUCACAGUGUUUUAAAAAGCCCGGGCGGAGGAGCUCUGAUCUGGCAUCUGGCUUUUUAUUGCAGCCCAGCCUGAAUCCAGGCCCUGAGCUUUGGGCGGGGGUUGGGGGGGUGCUGUGCGCUCCUCCGGAAGGCUGAGCUGUCCGACCUGCGUUUGAGGCUUCAGGCCACUUCCACAGCCACCGCGGGUGAGUGGGGCUUUUGUACAGAAGCAGAAAAAGGCCAUGCACAGCACUCCCAAGGCUGGACAGCCUCAACUGAGUGCUGGACUUUUGACUCCUGACUGACCUCCCCCAGGAUAUAGCACUGAGCCUCUCGCUACAAAGAGGCUAAGGCCAGGCAAGUUGAGGCCCUGAAUAAAGGCUCCAAGGUGAGUACGUGGAACUUGAGGGCUCCCUGCACGUCAGCUGGCUCAGCACUUCUGCUUCGAUAAAUGCUGGGAUGGAGGUGGCCACCAAGCCUGAGAUUGUAAGACUGCAGAGGUUCUAAUCAUUUCAGCAGCAGCCAGCUGUCAACUUCCCACAACCUACACUCUUCACUUGAGCUGCAGCCGAGAUGCCAGUGGAGCCCAGGCACCCGGUGGACUGAGCAUGGACCCUGCUUUAACCAUGGUCAGCACUGUAAGGGAAAUGAAGAAAACACCAGCUGCAGAGCCUUGAAUGUCACAGGCAGUAAAACCAUUCCUUUUGGCCAUACUCAUCAAAAAUGGGGUCCAAGUUUUAAAACAAGUUGCCUGACGGCCUCUUAAAUAAAUUGCUCCAGAAGUCAUAAGCUGAUUUGGAGGAAGAUUUCAUUGAAGAACAUGUUGCUAGAGAAAUCAAAUUAUUUUCCUAUUUAAGUCUAUUAAAAAGCAAACCAUGGUCCUGAGAUGUCUCUGUGCUAAUGAAGAGAGAACAUUGAGUUUGAAUGCUGCUAUCAAAAGUGGGGAGAACUUCAUAACUUAAACUCAUUCAUAUAUAUUUUGUGCUUUUUUGGUUUAAUGUAGUAUUAUUUCCCUUGUCCAUGUUUGAUGUUCCAAAAUUUCAAUUAAACUAUUUUAAUUGGUGUUUCA